UUCCUACCAUUCAAAAAUCUUAUUUGAAUCGUUUUCUUUACUGUGGCAACACAGUGGAGUUACAAAAAAAUAACUUAGUCUUUUAUUUACAUUUUGUAAAACCAUUUUCCUAAUUUUUAAAAGUGUUAUUUAUCAAUAUGGUGUACGUUAAAGGAGAUGGAACAGUGGUGAAUAGAAGAGAUUUCAGUAUAUUUGGAUGGUUUUGGGGAAUUGUUAAUUUCUUUUAUCUGCUUUUUCAGACACUCAUAAAUCCUAACUUCAACAAACAUGGCGACAAAUAUGUAAGAGACUUCCGACCUCCUGGCAGUGGGCCUCCGAAACCUCCAUCAAGGAAAUUUGGUGGGUUUGGCCCUUCGGGUUCUGGUCCCGCCCCACCCCCAAUGGGAGGUGGAUGUGGUUGUGGAUGAUCUGAUAUAAUGAAUUGUGAAUUCUCAUACACAUGCUUAUAGUAUUUCAUAUUUUUUUCUUAUAUCUUUUUCAUUAAUUAUAGAAAUAUUAUCUUGCUUUAAUAUGUAUGUUAAAUUGUAAUCGUUAUUUGAGUUCAAUGCGAAAUAUAUAUAUUGACUGUGUACAAUCAAUCUAGAAGGGGUUAUCCUCUAGAUAUUAAUUCAAGAUUUCUUAUAAUAUUCAUUAUAUUCAGAGUUUGAUAUUAACACUAUAUUGCGAUAUGUUAUUAUAUUUUGUUAACUGAUGUCCUUGCCUUGGCAAAUGGUAAUAAGUAUCACUGAAUGCUCUGAUUAAUUAUUAUUUAAAGAAGAUAAAAAUAGUAUAACUGUUAACACAAUAUAAAUUAUGAUUACUUUAUGCAGUUAAAUGUCUUGUUCCCUAUACAUGUUUUCUCAGAUAAAAAUGUUAUGUACUUCAAAAUGUUCUUAUACUUAGUAUCUUAUAAAUAUAUCUAUUUCUUAAAAAAAAGUAGUAGAGCUAUGAAAUCAAGAAUAAGAAUUAUAUAGAAAUUUCCUACUAUAUGGAUAAACUUGUCUCAUACAAUUAAUACUAAGUAGACAUGGGCUGAUUAACUAGAAAAAAGCUUUUUAGUUAUAGUGAAAUUUUUCUCGGUAUUUAGAAGUAUAUUAUAAAAAUUCAUCAAGCAUCACUAUUAAUACAUUAAUUACCUUAUAGCUACAAGUAAUAAAUAAAUAAAUAAAAGAAAUAA